AUGUCGAAACAGCAGCCAACACGAAAUGCUCGGCAAUAUGACUUCUGGGGAGGUCGACCACUGAGACGAACAGCGUCUGAUCUAUUUUUUGAUCGGCCACGACCAGUAAAUACAAUAUUUUCGGGUCCAAAUGCUUUAUGGGAUCAACGAAAUCAAUCGCGGGAAUUAAUUGGAGAUGUUGGCGAAGGGGAAGCGUCUGCGCUUCGUUCGCUUGAUCUUGGAUAUUUGACAAGAGGAUAUGCUAUAGAUCCACCACUGCGUCGGGCUGCAUUUCCAGGAGAAAUAGGUUGGACAGCAACGUAUUUUCAUCGACAGUUCAAACCAACAAAACCCUAUACCAAUUGGUACACUUGA